AUGUCAGCAGAAGUUUUGGACAUUGACGAGCACCUCGCCACGCUCAACCGGUGCGAGAACAUCGGCGAGGCGGAUGUGAAGCGACUGUGCUUGAAGGCGAAAGAGAUUUUCACGAGUGAGGAGAACGUGCACAAGAUCCCGGCUCCGUGUACCAUCGUAGGCGACAUCCAUGGUCAAUUCUACGACCUUCUGGAGCUUUUCCGCGUCGGUGGCGAGAUUCCGGACACAAACUACGUCUUCAUGGGCGACUUUGUAGACCGCGGCUACCACAGCGUAGAGUCGUUCCUGUUGUUGCUCGUGCUUAAGAUCAAGUACUCUCGUCGUGUUGCACUGGUGCGCGGUAAUCACGAGUCGCGGCAAAUUACACAGGUGUACGGCUUCUACGAUGAGUGCUUGCGGAAGUAUGGCAGCAUCAACGUAUGGCGGUAUUGCACGGACGUGUUUGAUCUCUUGCCCUUAGCAAGCGUCGUAGAAGGGAAGAUCUUCUGCGUGCAUGCUGGUCUGUCGCCCUCGAUACAGACGGUGGAUCAGAUGCGUUCCAUCCGUCGGAACUGCGAGGUGCCGCACGAGGGUGCUAUGUGCGACUUGCUCUGGUCCGAUCCGGAGGACAUUGAUGGCUGGGGCUUGUCACCGCGCGGCGCUGGAUAUCUGUUCGGCGGUGAUGUCGUAUGCCAGUUCAACGAGACAAACAAGCUAGACCUUAUCUGCCGCUCCCAUCAGCUGGUAAUGGAGGGAUACAAGGCUAUGUUCAAUGACACGCUUGUUACAGUCUGGUCGGCGCCCAACUACUGCUACCGCUGUGGUAACGUCGCGUCUAUCCUGGAACUGGACGAACACCUGAACAAGAAUUUCAAAAUUUUCGAGGCUGCACCGGCAGAGGCUCGCGAGGCAGGUCAACGGAACGAGGUACCGGCUUACUUCCUAUAG